GUUGUUGCGAUUUCUUUCAGCUGAAAUUUUCGACAAAGCUCUGCUGUUCUAUAUUAUAACAUUCUCUUGGCUGUUAAUUAAUAGUUUCUUUUUGCUGUCAUUAUCAAUAAUUAAGAGUCGCCUGUAGUUCCCGCCUCCACUGACGUUCAUCAUCUAUCCAGGGUCCCCAAUAUUUUCGUUAAGGACAUAAACAAUGCAACAGGAGGUACCGACAGAUACAUUGACAUAUCCAUCAACACAUCGACCGAUUAAUUUUGACGAUAAUACGUGUGAUAUUACUGAAGAAGAAUUUACAGAAGAUGAAAUAAAAAGAGUUCAAACUACAUGGGACUUAUUGAACAGUACUCCGUUGGAGACUGCUUUAGCAAUAUUAGUAAGGUCAAUGGAAAUUUUUUCAGAAUUUCGGCAAUUUUUACAAGAGUUUUACACUAUAUCAUUCGAAGAUAUACCAGGAGAUAUCAGGUGUCAAAAGCAAGCUUUAAGAGUUGUUAAAACAGUAAAUACUUUCGUUAGCGGAUUAAACGAUAUCGUAACAGCCAAAGAUUAUCUUUUCAAGCUUGGAAAGCGUCAUAAAACAUUUGGAGUAAAACUAGAUGAUUUUUUGGCUUUCAGAAAAUCCCUUCUUUAUGUUUUGGACGAAAAACUCAGCAAACUAGGUUAUCAAUAUAGUGAAGAAGAUAAUAAUACAUGGAAUAAAGUUUUAGACACUAUGCUUACAUAUAUAGUUUUGGGUUAUAACAGUUAAAGAUUGUAGUGUAGUUCUAUUUACUAUAUAGCUAAGUCUGCAAAAGAAUGGGCUUUCUUUCACUACUUGGCUAUGAUGAAGGCAAACUCGCUUUUUAUACAUAAUUGCACUCAAAAUAUAAACUUUUAUAAACGUACUUGGUGUAUGCUAUUAAAAUAAAUUCAAAGUAUGUGAAUAUGAAACAUUUAGAAGAUACCAUCCGACUA